CCCCACCUGUCCCCCUUCUUCCCAACUCUCUCUCUCCCAUUCCAUUUCCCUUCUCCCCCAGCCAGAGGCAGAGGCUCCCGCGACCUCGUCGGCGACGGCGACCGCGACCGCGCGACGACGAGGAAGCGAAGGACGAGGAAGCGAGCGCGCCACCAUCUUCAUAGCUCGCUCUCCUCCUCACCUCAGGUGGUGAACCGAGGAGACCUGCGUGGGGUGGGGGAUGGAGGAGGAGGAGGCGGGUGUGAGGGAGCGCCGCGGCGUGCUCAAGGUGGUGGUGGCCAGCGGGACCAACCUCGCCGUCCGGGACUUCACCUCCAGCGACCCCUACGUCGUCGUCCGCCUCGCCGCCAUGAAUAAGAAGACAAAAGUCAUCAACAGCUGCCUAAACCCAGUUUGGAACGAAGAGAUGUCCUUCUCCAUCGAAGAACCAGCAGGGGUCAUCAAAUUCGAGGUGUUCGACUGGGACCGGUUCAAGUACGACGAUAAAAUGGGGCACGCGUUUCUUGAGCUGCAGCCGGUGGCCGCGGCGGCGAAGCUGCGGCGUGCGCUGCGGCUGACGACGGGGGAGACCAAGCUCCGGAAGGUUGCCGCCAGCGUCGACAACUGCCUCAUGUGCGACAGCUUCGUGACGUACGCCGACGGUGAGAUCGUGCUCGACGCCAGGCUGCGGCUGCGCGACGUCGAGUCCGGCGAGCUGUUCGUCACUGUCAAGUGGAUCGAUGCGAACGCCAAGUGAGAAAAUGGGACUCCGUGUGAAUGCUGUCUGAUCUAAAUCUGAAAUUUCCAGACAGUUCUAACAGGCAUAGUAUUAGCGUGUGCGUGCAUGUUCAGAAUGUUUUUGUGCUUUUCUUUUUUAAUGAACGAUCGGGAAAGUAGGAAACUCUAAUUAUUGUUUGGAAAUAGGAACGCAAUGUGUUCUCCCCACUCUUUUUAGCCCAUUCUAGAGAUAAGUACCCUUUUUCUCCAAUUCAUAUGUGUACAAGUAUUACAUUGUUUUUCUCUAAAUAUGUGCACCAUUCAUGUGAAAGUAAUGGAUUUCUAA